UUUAGAAGUUCAGGAAUCCCACGUGACGUCACCAAAGGGUGAUGUAAUGCUUCUCUAAAUAGAUCGUAUUGUAAUCUUUCCUCAGUCCAGCGUGGUUCCUUCAGAAAGUGUGCUGCAUCUUCUCCAGACUUGUGCGGUGUAUGAGGAGCCAGUGACAGUAAUGAACUCAGAGCAGGAAAGGCCGUUCAUGUGCAGUGCCCCAGGCUGCUCUCAGAGGUUUCCGACUGAGGAUCAUCUAAUGAUUCAUCGGCACAAGCAUGAGAUGACGCUCAAAUUCCCCUCCAUCAAACAUGACAACAUGCUGUCAGACCAAACACCGACCCCCACGCGCUUCUUGAAGAACUGUGAGGAGGUGGGUCUCUUCAGCGAGCUGGCCUGCUCCAUCGAGCAGGAGUUCUGUAAGGCUCAAGAGGAAGAGGACAGCAAACAGAAUAUCACUCUUCAUGGGCAGGGAGGCCCUAACCACCACCAGCAGACGCACUCGAGGAUGGCCAAUCACGACAGCAGUAUAGUGAUCCAGCAGGCCUUGCCUUCACCUCAGUCCAGCUCUGUCAUCACUCAGGCCCCCUCCACCAACAGACAGAUCGGGCCAGUGCCUGGUUCACUUUCUUCUUUAUUGCACCUGAGGAACCGACAGCGACAGCCUCUACCAGCAUCCAUGCCUGGCACACUGCCUGACCCCACUAUGCAAGGAUCGUCUGCUGUUCUUAUGCCUAUGGAACGGCAAAUGUCUAUGGGCUCCAACAUGAUGGGUAUGCAGGUCCCCACCCACAACAGCUCUUGCCCUUCCCCCCACGUUCCCCCCAUGCACUCAGAGGCAAAACUGAGACUGAAAGCCGCUCUUGCCCACCAUCCAGGGGGCAUGUCGAAUGGCAGCAUGAACUCCAUGGGUCACAUGAUGGAGAUGAUGUCAUCGCGGCAAGAGCAGAGCGGUCACCACCACCUGCACCCUCACCAGCACAUGCAGGGCCCACCUCACGGAUACCCACACCAUGCCCACCAUCACCACCCCAGCCAUGCACAGAGCAGUCAUCACCACCAACAGAACCACGGGCACCACAACUCCCACCCGCCCCACCUUCACCAAACACACGGACAUCAGACUUCUCCACACCAAUCCAUGCACUCCGGUGCUUCACAGCUAUCUCCAGCUGCGCAGCAAAUGCAGCCAACGCAGACCCUUCAUUCCCCGCCGCCCAGCGGAGGUCGCCGCAGACGGGUGGUGGACGAGGACCCGGACGAGCGCAGGCGAAAGUUUCUGGAGAGGAAUCGGGCAGCCGCCACACGCUGCCGGCAAAAGAGGAAAGUGUGGGUUAUAUCUCUAGAAAAAAAAGCAGAGGAACUCACCCAAACCAACAUGCAACUCCAGAACGAGGUCACCAUGCUGAAGAAUGAGGUGACGCAACUGAAACAGCUUUUAUUAACACAUAAGGACUGUCCCAUCACAGCCAUGCAGAAGGAGUCUCAAGGUUACCUCAGUCCAGAGAGCAGUCCGGCAGGAAGCCCCACCUCUGCUACCCAGCAGCAGGUCAUUCAGCACAAUACCAUCACCACCUCCAGCACGGCACCCAAUCACCGCACAGAUAUUAACCCCAUCCACUAGUGACUCGAACCCUCUGCCACCAGGCCCCAACGCUCUCCCACGCCGGACAUCUUGAGUGCAAACUACAGACAGACAUACACCUCUGUGCCUCCGUGGCAGCUUUUUCUUCUGGUCUUGGUUCACAAUUUGUUUAGUUUCGUUUGUUCUGUUUGUUUUGUUACCAUUUGAGUCCACCGAAAAAAGGAAGUCUCACUUUGUCAAGAAAAUGGCUGACGGAUUGUUGUGGCAACACGAGCUCUACAUCUGUUCCUGGAUCACGACUGGACUACUGCCUUUACAAAUGAACAAAACAUAAAUAGUAGUACGGUGUGUUUGUGCUAUGAAUUUUCCAUUGCCAAAAAGAUGCUGUUUGUAUCCUUUUUGUUUGUGUUAGGAGUUUAUAAUAAUAACUCUCACAUUCCCCCUUUCAUCUCAUUUAAAUGGAGAAAUUAGGAAAGUCAUUCUCCAUUUGGUUAUGAUCAUGAAGGUAAACCGAAGCAAUAUGAAUCUCCGAUGUGCUCUGCAAUCUGAUUGUCUUUUCUUACUAACUCGGACCAGCAUCUAAAUCCAAUUACGCUCAGCCUAUUAGCAUUUUGACAUUUCAGAUAUCAUUUAAAAAGUAACAAAUGUUUGAGCUAUCUCUAUGAAACAAAACAGCUUUGACGUCUAAGCUGAUAAAGGUCAUGUUAAUGGAAUGCUUAUAUCAAGCUGACACAAGUUACUUGAGAUUUCUGGGUUUCCCAGUGAGAUCCCAGUCAUGUUGCUCUAUAUAUAUGAGCAACAGGAAGACAUUUUACCCGGCUUUUACGUUUUACAUCUACAACCCUGGCUCUUAUCAAUUUGGAUACUAUCACUACUUACUGAAUUUAAUUUAGUUGCAGUAUCUGUUUAAUAUCAGUUGUUGGACUGAAAACCACAGCUUUGAUUGCUGUUAAGUGCUUAUUCGUGGUCAUUUCCGACCACAUGCGAAACAUCGUCAGUUCAUUUAAUCUUGCAUCAAUAUAAUGCUGUCGAACAAAAGAAGGCUUUUGUUUUACCUGAGGCUAUGGAAAACCUCCACGAGGGCCAAGAACAUUAUUACAUGCAAGCUUGAGUUUUGGCUCUGAGUAUUGUUUGGAUCUUCAUCUGGCAUUUUUACGUAGGAAUAAAUGUAAUCCCAAAAUCAAAGGAUAUAUUUUGAUAUGUCCUAUUUUAUAUUAAUGGAUCAUGGACCAUAGGAAAUUCUGCUGUAUAGUCUUGAAAUUUGGGGACCCACUGUUCUGUCCUGGAAAUAUGUACUGUUGUACUGGAGAUGUUAAUAUACAGAUAGCAGCUUACUGUUAUAAUGACAUUCCAAUGUAAAACAUUUGUGUCCUUUGCGUAGCUUUUAAGAGGUGCGUGAUAUACCUCAAGAGUGUAUGAUCAUGGACCAACGGUCCAGCAGCUGACUGACGCUUUGAGAUAUUGAGUGCUGAGUGAAUCCCGAAUAAGGUUUAUCCCUUUACUUGCAGCUUUCUUGUCUUGCAGACGACAAGCAGUUUUGCUGGCUUUUGUUUUUCUCUCGGCUGCAAAAAUGUAGCAUUUUACUCUUUCUAUGCACUAGUUGUCCCUACUGUCCAAAUGUCACUAUGUGCCUGAAUUUUUCUGUCUUCAGUACUUACCUAUAAAGAAUUUCAGUCAUUAUUAAUUCCAAUAACUUGGUUAUACUGCAUUUUUCAAUUGAGGUUGAACUCUCAUGCCUUGCUUUUAUUUUUUGUAAUUCUUUGUUUCAUUUUCUUUUGUUUUGGUUGAUGUUGUAAACUUUCUUGAACCGUGGAGGCCUGAGAACAAAAUCAGAAUUUCCCAUUGACCCCCAGGUCAGCUGGAUUUGUCUCAUCUUGUGUAAAAUGACGAAACCAAAAGAUUUCGCCUCUGCUGAUAAAGGCCUUUAUUCCAGCAGCUAAGCUCAGAACUGUUUCAUGUUCUUUAAGGGAUUUUUAGCUCCCUAUAAACGAAACAUAAAGUUUCCCUUCGCCUUUCCUCGCAACACUGUGUUCGGGACACGAGCCUCCAUGCUGAGAGGUGGAAAUCUUGUAGCUGUCUAUGCACUUUGACCUCUGUGUGCAGAGGAUGGAAUAGCCAUAUAGAAGACUCAGUGAUACCCUGUUCCCACACCAGCGAGAGCCAGCCACUGUCAUUCAAUGGAGACUGGAGCAAAACAGAGUCCAGAUGUAAGUGUGACCCGAGUGUUUGGUUUAGGCACGUUUGGAAACAUGCUCCUAUAGCUUUAAGACUUUUCAAAUUAAACGACGUGUAUUUUUUGUCAUUGUCAAUUUUCUCGUCUUCUCUCCAAGCAACUUUUCGGUGCAUGAAGCAGUGUUCGUAGGUUUUGUAUUGGAGCCUGAGAUCUGUGUAUGCAUGCGUUUUCACUCCCAUUGCCGUAGACAUCUCAGACCUACACUUACAAGUUUUGCAGUGUGUUUAGGCCACAUUAGGAUGUUAUGGUGAUGGGAUGGGUUUGUUAAACAGCCGUUUUAAACACAUUUCUGUGGAGGACCAAAUAUUCAUAAAAUCCUUCAGCAGCAAGGACAUUAAACUGUCUAAAGCUGUGUUGAAUUUUAUCUCCAUCUUUUUAUAUGUCUCUUUAUUUAGAUUUAGAACCACAUCUUUUGUCCAAGAAACUCACUCAUACACACAGAAAUAUACUCAACUGGAAAAAAUUUCAUGCCCACACUAACAGACAUUAAUCUCAAUUUGUUGAUUUGGCACCAGUCUUUGUUAUGGUGGGUGGAUGAACAUGUAUUUUGUAAAAGCAUUCUUAGAAGAUGGAGGGAGACUUUUUUGUGCGCGCAAGUAUAUGUGUGCUUUUGUGUGUGUAGGUUCUUAUUUUUAGGUGGAGGACAAUGAAUACACAUUAAUAAACUAUAAAGGUAUCAUUGCAGUGAAACUAUAAAUAAUGUAAAAAUUCUCAUUCAUUUUUGUAAUCUUGUUCCUGUAUUGCAACCACCUUUCUUUUUGAAAGGAGUACGUGUUUGGUACUUGUUUGUAAAUAAUGUUUGCAUAGCACUUGCGGUCUUCAAGUAUUCUUGUUAAUUUCUGAGCUAAAUAAUUGCAUUGUUCGUUACACAUAAAGAAUUCAUGAAUUCACACACGCUUGCAUAACUUUGUACAUUUUAUAUGUUUAUUAAUGCCUUGAAUAGUUUUUUGUUUAUGCAAAUGUACAGAUGUGAGAUCACAACAGCUAUAUUACGAUAUGAAAAUAAAGCACUUGUUC